AUGUCGCCCGGUUUGGAAGAAUUAUUCUUUGAGCCUGUCGGAGAAGAGAAGAGAUCAAAGUGGAAUCAAGUUGGCCCAAACAGAGGUUCCUACAUACAGAUCGAGACGUUUCAGAAUGUGGGGCCGGGUGCAGGCAACUUCGACAAAGGUCCCGGCGGAGACUUCCACAGUGUUCCGGAGGGCUUGGGUGCUUUCAGGCAGAUCCAGACGUACCAGCACGUCGGGCCAGGCCUUGGUGACUUUAACAAGGAAGAUGUGACUUCCUACUCGGAAUGGAAGCUGCGAACGAGGUGCUUGGUGGUCCUGCUGCUUUUCUUGCUCCUCCUCGUGGCCGUGGUGUCAUAUCUUCUCUUGCAGAAGAAGGGUACCGACAUCAGUGGGGUCCCUCAUGCUCAGGAUUUCCACGGCCACGACAUUCACAGCUUGGAAACUGUCUAUAAUUGCAACGCAGGGUUUGCCGACUGGCAAACCGGCUGGAGUGAAUCAAAGAAAGCCUUCUGCUGCAGAAGCAUCGGAGUUGCAUGCGACCAGGCGGCGUAUGACUGUGAUGCAGGCUACAACCAGUGGGAGAGCAUGUGGUCUUCUGACAAAAAGGAGUACUGCUGUGAUCAAACUGAUCGCGGCUGCAGCCCGGUGUCCAACGAACCCUAUGACUGCCAAGUUGGGCUGGCACACUGGCAAUCAGACUGGACAAAGGGAAAGCAGCUUUGGUGUUGCACCACGCACUCACUUGGCUGUCCAGACUACGGCUAUAGCUUAAGCUUCAACUGCGACGUAGGCUUUGCAAGAUGGGAGACGGACUGGUCCUGGGCAAAGAAGCACUGGUGCUGUGCUCACGAGCAGAAGGGCUGUGAGGUCGAGGUUCCGUUUAAUUGCCAGGCAGGUCUCGCAAGUUGGAGGUCAGGCUGGUCUUACUCCAAGAAGAAAUGGUGCUGCACUCACGAACACCUAGGCUGUGUAUCAUCAGAGCCCUUUGACUGCUCGGCCUCUGCAGACUGGCAUGCUUGGCCCAAGCCUAAGAAGCACUACUGCUGUGCUUCUCAUUCGCUGGGCUGUGAGACGACGACUUCUCCUGCCACGUCUUUGCCUUUCGACUGCUCGGCUGGAUUCACUAACUGGCGGCAUGGCUGGUCUUAUGCAAAGAGACUCUGGUGCUGCCACCACGACCAUAGAGGCUGCUCAGAGCCAACAACAGAAAGUUCUACAACUACCGCUCCAGCAACCACUCCAGCAACCACUUCACCCCCACCAACCCUUCCGUUCAAUUGUCAUGCCGGCAGGGCAAAUCUGGAUGAAGGAUGGUCAGAAAAGAAAAAGAGCUGGUGCUGUACCCACCAGCACCUUGGCUGUCCGGUAUCCUUUGACUGCGAUGCUGCCCUGGCCAACUUCUAUUCUGCAUGGUCGGACAGAAAGAAGACUUGGUGCUGUCGCCAGGAAGGCAAAGGCUGCAUGGGGCAGCAUCAACCGCAACUGCAGCCAAGAGAAGGCUACAGGUGGAAGCACGACGAGGUGCAUGGCUACUGGACCUGGGUCCAAGCACCUAUGCAUGUACAUCAGGAGCAUCUGCACCAGGAGCACCUGCACCAGGAGCACCUGCACCAAGAGCAUGUGCAAGCGGAGCAACACCCUGUCCGCUACAACUGCCAUGCCGGGUUCCACAACUUCGUCGGUGCCUGGAAAGCUGAUAAGCAGCGCUGGUGCUGUGAUCACCAGGGUAUUGCAUGCACAGGUCCAAAUCCGCCGGCUGUGCACCUCCAGUCGGGGAACACCUGGGUUCAUGUCAAAGUUGAGGGUGUCUGGACGUGGAGGCAGGAAGCUGUCUUGAUGGCUGCCUAUUUUGAUGAGCUGGGUGAAACGGCUUCAGAGGCCAGCUCGGAUGAUUCGAUUUUCGAUUCUGAUACAGAAACCAGUGAUGAUGAGGACUUCAGUGGAAUCCCAUUGUUGAUGACGGCAGCCAAUAUCGCAAAGAACAUAAUCGGUGAAGGGAUUCUGAGCCUUCCAAAGGGGCUUGCUGAUACCGGAAUGGUCUCCGGUGUCCUCAUCACCCUUGCCUUCUAUGCAGUUAUGGUAUAUACCUUCUGGACCUUAGGGAGAGUUUGUGAGGCAACCAAUGAAAAGAGUCAUAGUCGAAUUGGAAACAAAGUGACGGAAGGUGUGGUGUUCGGAAACGUCAUGGCGGCCACGAACUUGCUGAAGACGCUUUUCACAUGCACUGCAUAUGCCUUGGUGAUUGGAAGAAAUGCAGAAGAUAUCCUGGCCCGACUAAACUCCAAUUCCUGGUUCUGCUCUAAGCGCGGUAGCUGGGUGACCAUUCUGCUUUGCAUCCUGUUGCCUCUCUGUUUGCUGCGAGACAUGGGGAAGCUUGCGUGGACCAGCUUUCUGGGCCUUCUGUGUGAGACCGGUGUGGUAUGCUUCAUGGUAUGGCGACUCCUGGAUGGAUCCUACCAGGUCGGGGGCGAGUUCUAUGGCAGCCAGACGCACGAAACUCGCGUGCACUGGGAUGACGGUGGUCCGCAAUUUUGGACUGUCAGCCCUGGUACACUUACCCUUAUCUCGAGUAUGUCGACGGCGUUUCUUGCACACUACAACGCGCCAAAGUUCUACCAUCAGCUGCGCAAGAGAAAUUCCAGGCGAUUUUUUAGGGCCAGUUCCUUGAGCUUCACUUGUGCAUUGGUGCUGUUCCUAACGUGCAUGCUGGUCGGGUACUUGACCUUCGGCCAGGCCUGUCAGGGCAACAUUCUGCACAACUACUCGGAGCGCGAUGUUGGAGCUGCCGUGUCUCGGUUCGCCAUGCUCCUUGCAGUGACGUUUGGCUUUCCCAUUGCCUUCACUGGUCUUCGUGAUUCGGCUUUGUCGCUCUUUUCCUGUUCCUCGCGACGAAGAGUUUGGGUGCCACUGACACUCGGGCUUCUGACGUUGAUUGGUGCUCUUGGAUGGUCUCUGGAUGACCUUGGCGCUCUUAACAGCCUGGGAGGCGCAUUUCUGGGCUCGCUGAUUACACUGAUUUUUCCAGGUUUGCUGCUGGCAUGGGUCUAUUCCUAUUCGUCCCAUUCUCUGGGACUGCUCUUCUGGAAGGUGGAGGUCACCUUCGUCGGGCCUGUGCUGGUUGCAGUAGGCUCCCUUCUGCUGGUUUUCGGGACUCUGGUCGUUGUGCUGAAGGACUUCUUGCACAAAGAUAUCUGA